AUGAAGCUACAAUAUGUCUUCACCAUUCUCUCUUUUCUCAUCCUCUUAGUCCUACAUGGUUCAACAACCUCAGCCCAAGGUCCAGCAGCGGCACCGGCGGCACCAAUAGCUCCGGUGGCUGCAGCCCCGGCACCUCCUGGUCCAACGAACGUCACCAAAAUCCUCGAAAAAGCCGGCCAAUUCACCCUCUUAAUCCGUCUUCUAAAAUCCACACAAGUGGCCGAUCAGCUGCUCGGUCAGCUCAACAACUCCAACAACGGGAUGACCCUAUUCGCACCGACGGACAAUGCGUUCUCGAGCCUUAAAUCCGGCACGUUGAAUUCGCUCUCCGACGAGCAGAAAGUCGAGCUGGUGCAAUUCCACAUCGUCCCGACGUACCUCACCUCGUCUCAGUUCCAAACUAUUAGUAAUCCAUUGAGAACACAAGCCGGUGACAGUGGCGAUGGCAAGUUCCCUCUCAAUAUUACAACAACGGGGAACUCGGUGAAUAUCACAAGUGGAUUGACAAACACUAGUGUUUCCGGCACGAUUUACACCGACGGUCAGCUGGCCGUUUAUCAAAUCGAUCAGGUACUUCGGCCUCUGCAAUUAUUCGCUCCUAGGCCUCCAGCUCCGGCUCCGGCACCGGCAAAGUCGAAGAAGAAGAAGGCUUCUGUUGUCGCCGAUAGCCCCGAUGAAACUCCGGCGGAUAACUCCAAAGCGGCUGCCGUGCAAAAUAUAGUCUUGUUUGGUGUUGCUGCUGUAGUUGGUGCAAUUUAUUUGUGA